CUCAAGUUGAAAAGGGGCGCCGCAGCCUGAGCUUCAAUCGACGGCCUGCUUUUCAGCUUGCUGUGAUCACGUUCGAAGAACUUUGGAUCCAUGUGCCGCAUUUCGCGUCUGCCUGAGGAUGUGCUCGACCUGCUGCUGGGGUUUCUGCCCAUCAAGACCAUGCUCGCCCUCACCUGCGCCUCCAGUUCCUGCAGAGAUGCCCUCGACGAAGACCGGUGGCGGCGAUUGUUUAUGCUGACCCUGCCGGCGGGUCUGCGGAACCAGAUGCAGCCACAUCACACCUACAAGGGGUUCUUUCUCAUGCUGGCAGAGACUGUCUGCACACACUGCCACCGGCAGGCCGUCAGGCACUUUCCUGAACGGCUCUGCAAACGACACGGCAAGUCUGUCAAGGUGGGUGACACACCAACCACACACACACACACACACGGCACAUGUCACGGCGCGAUGCCCCCCCAUGUGUGGUGUGUUGUGUGAGUGCAGGUGAUACUGCGGCACUGCAGUAGCAGUAUGGUGGCGUUGUCGGCUGUGUAUCGCGAGUAUGGGCUGCCCAAGAGGGAGGUGCAGCGGAUGGGUCUCACUGCUCUGAGGGACGACAAGCGAGGCGGCCCCGAGGGUGUGUAUUAUCGUCGGAGGGACGUCGAGAGGCGCAUAAGGGAGGCACAGGCGAGGAGGGCCGCCGUGUAGUGAGUGGGUCUUGGUGAGCGGGGGGGGGGGGGGGG